AUGCCAGCCAACCUCACAGAGGGCAGCCCUGAUGACAACAGGACCACGCAGACGCUGGGUUCUCUCCCUGUCCUUUGCACUGAACCGGGGACUUUUACUGAGGUAGUGGGAGGAGAGGAAUGGGGCUCCUUCUACCACUCCUUUAAGACUGAGCAGUUGAUCACUCUGUGGGUCCUCUUUGUUUUCACCAUUGUUGGAAACUCCAUUGUGCUGUUCUCUACAUGGAGGAGGAAGAGGAAGUCAAGAAUGACCUUCUUUGCGACUCAGCUGGCCAUCACAGACUAUUUCACAGGCCUGGUUAACAUCUUGACAGAUAUCAUCUGGCGAUUCACUGGAGACUUCAUGGCACCUGAUCUGGUCUGCCGAGUGGUUCGCUAUUUGCAGGUCGUGCUGCUCUAUGCCUCCACCUAUGUCCUGGUGUCCCUCAGCAUAGACAGAUAUCAUGCCAUCGUCUACCCCAUGAAGUUCCUACAAGGAGAAAAGCAAGCCAAAGUCCUCAUCAUGAUUGCCUGGACCCUCUCCUUCCUGUUCUCCAUUCCCACCCUGAUCAUAUUUGGGAAGAGGAAACUCUCCAACGGUGAGGUGCAGUGCUGGGCCCUGUGGCCUGAUGACUCCUACUGGACUCCGUACAUGACCAUCGUGGCCCUCCUGGUGUACUUCAUCCCUCUGGCAAUUAUCAGUGUCAUCUAUGCCAUUGUGAUCCGAACUAUUUGGACUAAAAGCAAAGCGCAUGACAUGGUGAUUUCCAACUGCUCAGAGGGAAGGCUAUGCACCAGCUACAACCGAGGACCCAUCUCAAAGGCAAAAAUCAAGGCUGUCAAGUACAGCAUCGUCAUCAUUCUUGCCUUCAUCUGCUGUUGGAGUCCAUACUUCCUCUUCGACAUCCUGGACAAUUUCAGCCUUCUUCCAGACACCAAGGAGCGCUUCUACGCCUCUGUGAUCAUCCAGAACCUGCCUGCCUUGAAUAGCGCCAUCAACCCCCUCAUCUACUGUGUCUUCAGCGGCUCCAUCUGCUUCCCCUGCGGGAAGCAAACACCACAGGGUUCCAGAAUGACAUGCCGGGAGAAAACUGAGAGGCAGGAGAUGCAGGUUCUGUCCAGGCCAGAAUUCAUCUAGACCCUGGGGCAGUGGUCUCCAGCAGGCUAGGCUGAUCCCCACCAGCUCUUCUGGGUCCCCAUCACCACCCUGGGCAUGUGCAUGGAGCCCAAGGCAACGUCUCAACUCUGCUUCUUUCACCACUUGGGUUAUGCACGGGGCAAACAUCCUCAUGAGUGUAUGUGUGUCUGCAGCGUCGGCAGGCACUGGCCAAUCUGAAGUCACCAGCUCUUCAUGCAGACCAGGAAGGGCGCCACCCCUUUCCCCACGACUCCCAGCUCUCCUUCCCAUUGGUCAACACCAGACCCCAAUGGAAAGAGACACCACUGGCCCAGA